AUGGCCGGUGGUGAAGGGCUGCGCUCGCUCAUCGUCAGCGGUAUACGCCGUCUAACAGGUCGUGCAGGCAAGAAAAGAGAGAGAAUAGCAAUCUUAGGAUCUGGAUGGGCGGGUUACGCCUUUGCAAGAACACUUGACCCUGCGAAAUAUGAAAGAAUCAUAAUCUCGCCUCGUUCCUAUUUCGUCUUCACACCCCUCCUGGCCUCAACAUCCGUCGGCACGCUCGAGUUCAGGACAACCCUGGAGUCGGUCCGCAGGCUGGGAGAUGUUGAGUUCCACCAGGGAUGGGCGGACGACAUAGACUUCUCGCGCAAGGUCAUCCAUGUGGAAGAGAACCAGGCAGAUGACCUUUCCAGCCAGACCGUCUUGCCGCCUCCCAAGAAAGACCCCAAGAGCAAUGAGAUUCAGGUCGAACCGCCCCAGAUACCAAAGGGCCCUGUAAUGGAUGUCGGAUAUGACAAGCUCGUCAUCGCUGUUGGCGCAUACAGCCAGACCUUUGGCAUCGAGGGUUGUUCAAGUCCGACCAUCUCCGAAGAGAACCGUCGUAAACUGCUUCACUUCGCUGUUGUGGGCGGCGGGCCCACUGGUAUAGAAUUUGCAGCCGAGCUUCACGAUCUCAUCCACGACGACCUCUCCAAGAUUUACCCCGACCUGAUGCAAUAUGUGAAAAUCACCGUCUACGACAUCGCACCCAAGAUCCUGCCCAUGUUCGACCAGGCACUCGCCUCCUACGCAAUGGGGACCAUCCAGAAGCAGAACAUCGAGAUCAAGACCGCACAUAGCAUCCAGCGCGUGCGGCCCGACACGGACAGCACCGGCGGGCUCAAGAUCAAGAUCAAGGAGUGCGGCGACGAGGAGGUCGGCGCCGGAAUCGUGGUGUGGAGCACGGGGCUGAUGCAGAACCCGCUCAUCGAGAAGCUAAUGGGCAAGAGCCUGUCAGCUCCGCUCCCCGUCGAGGGCCAGGAGGCGCCGCGGACAACACCCCCGCCCGCCCCCGCCGCCGGGGACGCGCCGGGCGCCGGGGCGGCCGCGGGCCUGCAGACGCAAGUGCUCAACGACGUCUUCGUCAUCGGCGACUGCGCCGUCAUCGCGGACCGGCCGACGCUGCCCAAGACGGCCCAGGUGGCGUCGCAGGAGGCGUCAUACCUGGCCAAGGCGCUGAACAAGGGGCCGCUUGAGGAACAGAAGCCGUUCAAGUUCCGCAACCUCGGGACGAUGACGUAUCUGGGCAACUGGAAGGCGCUCUUCCAGGGGAGCUCCGGGGACCUGACCGGGUUUAUGGCCUGGGUCUUGUGGCGAGGAGCGUACCUCACAAAGUCUAUGAGCUGGAAGAACAAGCUACUAAUUCCUAUUUAUUGGUUUGUGUCGUGGGUCUUCGGCCGGGACAUCUCUCGAUUCUGA